AUGAUAGAAAUAGAGAAGAAAUUUGUAGUGAAUGAUGAAAUACUUAAUAAGAUGCUAUCAUUAGGAGCCAAGCUGAUCAAACGGGAAUCAUUCACGGAUGUCUACUAUGACACUGAAUGUCACUGUCUCACAACAAAAAAUUUUUGGUUGAGACAAAGAGAUGAAGUUUGGCAACUGAAGAGUCCUACUGGCCAUAGAACAUUCGAGGAAGGUUUGUUCAAUUCAUCAUACAAGGAAACUGAGAAAGAAGAUGAAAUCGUCAACUUGAUUGAGCCUGUCCUCAAUCAAAAGUAUUCACAAAACCAGAAAUGUGGUUUGGCAGAGUUUUUAAAACUGUGUAACUGCCAACCAUUUUGUAAGAUGACGACGCACAGACAGUCAUACAAACUACAAGACAAAUUUAAAAUUGACCUGGAUGUGACAGAUAGUGGAUACGCUGUGGGAGAAAUAGAGAUGAUGAUUAAUUCUGAAACAGACAUAGCAGAAGCAACAAAUAAAAUCGAGGAUCUAUCAAAAAAACUAGAACUCCCAAUCACCCAGGCUGUCAGUGGCAAGGUCAGCAGUUUUUUAAAGUCAAAUGAUCCGGAGCAUUAUAAGAAGUUGUUUAAUUUAAAAAUUAUAGCAUAA